AUGUUUGCAUCCCGACUAGCGAAGGCUGGAGCUGUGGUCUGCGCAUCCACAGCAGCUCUCUAUGCACUUGAUAUCGCCAAUGAAAAACGCUUCGAAUGGCAAAUGAAACGGUACUUCCGCACUGUACAUGCGGAUAAAAUGUCUGGUAUGAACCGAAAAUCCUCAGAACCUUUGCCGUCAAGAGAGAAGCUCAUCGACGACCUUAGAUCCGGCAUGCAGUUCGAUAUGCUGGUCAUUGGAGGUGGAGCCACAGGCGCCGGUAUAGCAUUAGAUUCACAGACCAGAGGAAUGAAGACGGCUCUAGUGGAGUUGGACGAUUUCUCCUCUGGCACAUCAUCUCGAAGCACGAAACUAAUCCACGGAGGUGUCAGAUACUUGCAAGCAGCUAUAAUGAAAGCUGACAGAGAACAAUAUCGCAUGGUCAAGGAGGCACUAUUUGAACGUGCAAACCUUCUACAGAUAGCACCGCAUUUGAGUGAACCAAUGCCAAUAUUGCUACCAAUAUACAAGUUAUGGCAAGUACCAUAUUACUGGUUCGGAAUCAAGAUGUACGAUGCUAUUUCUGGUAGACGGAUUCUCCGAAACUCAUUUUUUAUAAGCAAAACGAAGGCCCUGGAGAGAUUUCCUAUGUUGAAAAAAGGCUCUUUGAAAGGAGCACUUGUCUACUACGAUGGGACGAUGAAUGAUGCGCGAAUGAAUUUGGCUAUAAUUUUAACAGCGAUAAGGCGUGGAGCGAAAUGUGUAAAUCAUGUUAAAGUUGAAGGAUUGAUGAAAAAUGAGGAGGGAAAAGUGUGCGGAGCAGAAGUCAAAGACCUAAUGACUGGACAUAAAUGGCUCAUUAGAGCAAGAUGCGUGGUCAAUGCUACCGGACCUUCAACGGACCAUAUCCGACAAAUGGCUGAUCCCGAAGUGGACCCGAUUUGCGUGCCUAGCUCUGGAGCUCAUAUAAUUUUGCCAGGAUAUUUUUGUCCUGCAAAAACCGGUAUGCUUGAUCCGGACACUUCCGAUGGAAGAGUGCUUUUUAUGCUUCCUUGGCAAGGAAUGACUCUUGCCGGGACAACCGACCAACACGCAGAUGUAACAUUAUCUCCAGCCCCCACUUCUUCGGAAGUUGACUAUAUUCUUAAAGAAGCGAAGAAGUUUAUUACAAAAACCUUGCCCAUGCGCCGACAAGAUGUCAGCAGUGUGUGGUCAGGUUUGCGUCCAUUAGUUCGAGAUCCAAGCAAGAAAGAUACAAAAAGCUUGGCCAGAAACCACAUCAUUGAGGUCUCCAAUUCCGGACUAGUAACAAUCGCUGGAGGAAAAUGGACAACUUAUAGACACAUGGCAGAGGAGACCGUAGAUACAUGCGUAAAAGUACAUCAUCUUAAGCCGAACACUAAAUGCGUUACUGCUGGCUUAACCUUGGAGGGAGGUCACGAAUACGAUCCCCUACUUUACAUUCAUCUGAUUCAAGAUCAUGGUCUCAGCAUGGAUAUAGCGCACCAUCUAGCUCAUACAUACGGUGACCAAGCAGUAGAAGUAACAAAAAUGUGUGAUGAAACUUCAAAUGGACGCGUGAUUACCAAGCGCCUUCAUCCAAAUCAUCCUUUCUUAGAUGUUGAGGUACUAUGUGCGAUAAAUGAAUAUGCUUGCACAGUAGUGGAUGUGAUCGCAAGACGGAUGAGGCUUGCAUUUUUAGAUACACAGGCGGCUCAUGAAGCACUUCCAGAGAUUGUUCGCAUAAUGGGUGAUGAACUCAAAUGGUCGACUGAAAAGCGAAACUCUGAGCUGAAACAAGCUCGGCAUUUUCUUGACACUCAGAUGGGUCACACUAUCACGCAUGAAUUGUCUUCCAAUAACAGUUCUUCAAGUAACUCAAAAAAAGAAGCGUCUCACUGAACUCAAAGAAAUGUAAAAAAAAAGUUUGAGAAGAAAAGUCCUAUUGCAAUACAAUUCGUAACAAUAUCCAAAAACUUCUCAAACUUGAAUAAAGUUUGAGAUGAA